UUAUAGAACAACACACACACACAACAACGAAGAAAAUUAAGAACCAUUGGUUAAGAUUUUCUACUUUUGCAAUAUUCACAAAAAUCUAUUAAUGAAUCCAACGCAAUAAACCACUUCUUCCAAUUCCAAAAUUCCCCUAGUUCCCACCCAUCCAUCAACCCAUCCUUGCAUUUGCUUCUAUUUCACGUGUACAUUCCAGAAGCUUCUCAGGGUGUGGGUGUGGCCGUGUGGGUGUGGUUGUAACAUGGGACAAGAGAAAACAUUAAACUGCACAUCUCCAUCACGGUCGUUCCGUCUUCGAUGUCCGAGUCUGAACUCGCUCCGUCUUCGACGAAUCUUCGACAUGUUCGACAAAAACGGCGAUUCAAUCAUAAGCGUUGAUGAAAUAAGCGAGGCGCUGAACCUGUUGGGUUUGGAUGCUGAGGUAACGGAACUAGAGUCCGUGACUAUGAAGUACAUAAAGCCAGGCAACGUGGGACUUUUGUACGAGGAUUUCGUGGCACUGCACGAGUCCUUAGGGGACACGUACUUUGGAUUCGUGGAAAACGAGGAAGAGGAGGAGAAGGAGGAAUCAUCGGACCUUUGGGAAGCGUUCAAGGUGUUUGAUGAAGAUGGUGAUGGUUACAUAUCAGCGAAGGAAUUGCAAGUGGUGUUGGGGAAGCUUGGUCUCGUUGAAGGGAAUUUGAUUGACAACGUUCACAGGAUGAUUGUCUCUGUUGACACUAACCAUGAUGGUCGUGUUGAUUUCUCUGAAUUUAAGGACAUGAUGCGAACCACUCUCGUACGCAGUUCUUGAUUUCUAUAUAUAUAUAUAUAUGCUUUCAGGGUAAACGUACUCAUUCUAACGUACUCAUGCUUAUUUCUUAGCUUUCCUUUUAGAUUGUAAGGUUUAAAUUUUCCUCUCUUUUUUUUUUUU